GGUGAAGUGAGUGUGUGGUGCGUCACGUAGGAUGCGAAGAAGCAAGUCGAAUGGCGAGAUCGAACCAUUGCCGACUCUCGAGCGCCUCAGGCCCUAGGCCGAACAAAGACUCGCGCCGCGGCGGGCUGCCAGUGGCAUGUCGAUAGUGACAGUAGGAGGUGGCAUUAGGAGAGUCCGCUCGUCACGCCAACGGUGGAUGAACCAGACGGCUGAGCACAGUGGAUUUGGCUGUACCAAUCAUUUCCGGGUGACGAGCUGUAAGCCUUUCUCAUGUGGAUGUCAAUAUUGGCCAAGCCCUAUUCCCGGUCAAUCUGACAAGAAGCCUGACAGAACCCCUGUCUCCCCUCCUGCCUCUCUAUUCACCCACUCACUUAGACUCACUCAGCCCUACUGCGUAACGGGUCUUGCCUGGCGAUCUCCAGACACUACCCUGUCAUUUUUUCCCGUUACGUAACGUCUCACCAUUCCUUACUACUCAGACGAACCCAGGCUGUCGUCCCUCUCCGUCGUCUCUUCACACUCUCUCAUCAACCCCCGAGCAAGCGUUUCCUUCGGUGCCAUCCUUGACGAUGGCCGAGUUGCUCACAUCCCAGCUUGCUAAGCUAAAUCUCCUUUCGAGGGCAUCGUUUCGGGAUGAUGAGGAUUUCGGUGAAGAAAUAGACGACUCUACAAUCGCGGGGGGUGGCCAUGGCGGGCGCCCGACUCAGAUUACGAAAACGCAGUUGCGAGUUAGCCAUGCGUUGAAAUCAUUCCUCGUUCAAGAGGGCAUUCUGUCUAAGAGGGAUGCCCGCCUAGACUCAGAGGAGCUGGGCGACGCGCUGCAUGCUUUGGUGGAAAAGCCGCACAUCCAAGUGCCGCCUGAAGUUACUGACAGGUCGUAUCCGCUCUCGGAGUAUUUCAUCAGCUCCAGUCACAAUACUUACCUGCUAGGCCACCAGCUUCACGGCAAGUCUUCCGCUGCGGCGUACGAGACCGCGCUGAACGCGGGGUCUCGCUGUGUGGAGAUCGAUGCCUGGGACAACGACGAUAACAAGGACGAGCCCAAGGUCACCCACGGGUAUACCCUCGUCUCCAACAUCCCGUUCCGCUCGGUAUGCGAGACGAUCCGCGAUGUCGUCGACAGCGAAGCGGCGCAGUCUAGCAACCUGCAAGGGUACCAGCCAGCGCCGAUCCUGCUCUCGCUAGAGAACCACUGCGGUGCGCAAGGGCAGCGCCGACUCGUCGCGAUCAUGAAAGAAGUCUUCGGCCAUCGGUUGCUGAGCGAGGCUGUCCGAGAGAAGGGCCACGAGGAGCAGGAAGGCGGGGACAACCCGGUGACGCUGGCUGAGCUCGGGUCGAAGAUCGUGGUGAUCGUCGAAUACCACCUGCCCGACGAGGUAGCCACGAGCGACGACGGCGACGACAGCUCAGAAGACGAGGAGGAGAAGCAGGCGAAAGCAGCGUACUUGGCCAAGAGGAAAGCGACGACGACCGGCAUAAUCAUCCCGGAGCUCGCGGACCUGGGCGUGUACGCGCAGUCGGUCAAGCCGAAGGACAACUCGUGGUUCGAGGAUGUGCUGAAAGACCGGCCCCACAACCACCUGAUCAACGUGUCGGAGAGCGGGCUCGCGGCGCACAUGCCCGGCGCGAGCGAGAAGAUCGCACGGCACAACGCGCGGCACCUGAUGCGCGUCUUCCCCAAGGGCACACGCAUCUCCUCCAAGAACCUAAAGCCGGUGCCCUUCUGGGGCGUCGGCGCGCAGAUCUGCGCCAUGAACUGGCAGACCUUCAACGCGAGCAUGCAGCUCAACGAGGCGCUCUUCAGCGGGACCGACGGCUACGUACUGAAGCCGGCGGCGCUGCGGAGCGGCGGCAGCGGCAAUACAGGCGCGGGACUCCGACGGAAGAGGCUGCGGCUGCGUGUCGGCGGCGCGUCCGACGUGCCCGUCCCCCCCGACCGCGAGGACGAGGCCGUCCGGCCGUACGUGACCUGCACGCUGGUGCACCCGGGGGAGCUGGGCGGCGCGCACCCGAAGCGCAAGACGGGGCCGUACCGCCAGCACCGGCUGGGCUUCCUGCACCGGGGCGAGAACCCGCCGGCGACGGACCCACUGUGGGACGAGACGCUCGAGUGGGAGUACGAUGGCGACGAGCUCGCCUUCCUCCGUAUCCUGAUCAAGAGCGACGACAGCUUCGCCGAGAACCCUAUCUUCGCCGUCGCCGCCGUCCGGCUCACCUAUGUUGUCCCCGGCUGGGUCUUCCUCCGCAUGUUGGACCUCAAGGGCCGCGAGACCAAGUGCUCGCUACUCGUCCACUUUGACCUCACGGACAUCUAAAGCGCUAAGGGGUAGGUCUCCUUAGCCGUCGUGUUAGCGUAGGCGUGAGCGUGCUGUGAGGCUCUAAUUCGAGAAAUCUUUCAAGUCUCUCUCCCUAUCUCUCCGUCCGCGGAGAUUAGUGAACGAGGAACUCGUAUCUAGGGGGCUGACCAGCAUUGUGGUGAUUGAGCGAAUGAGACAUCCUUUCUCGUGAAUGACCUGUCGUAAACAUGUAGUCUGACCUCGGGCGACGUACCCAGAGCGGUCUCUGGGCAGCCAACAGGAGUGUGAGAAAGAAGGGG